UUAAAUAAAAUCAAGAAUAACAUGUAAAUUAGUUUUUAAAUAUUUUCAUAUUUUAUUUUUUAAUUGUUUGUUUAUUAAUGUAUCAUAGUAAUUGAGCUAUCUUUGUAAACGAAAACGGAACAUCAAACGUCACGUCACCGAAGAGACAAUCACGAAAAAAGUAUUUUGUUUCUGUUUCAGAUGUCGUUUUAGCUAUUAAUUCAGGCUCUUAAAUAAUGUUUCGCUAUAAAUAAAGUACCAAGCUGCAUACUAUUUCAGUAAAAAAUAUUCCGUAAAGUACUUUAUCAAGAAUGGAAGAAAAUCUAAACGGUGUUGUUUUGUGUGACAAUCUGAUCAAAUGGUUACAGACUUUAAAUCUUACUGCUAAACAUGGAAAUCCUUCAGAUCUGUCUGAUGGGGUGGCUAUAGCAGAAGCCCUCACUCAAAUUGCCCCUGAGUACUUCACUCCAGCAUGGAAUUUGAAGAUUAAAACUGAUGUGGGCAAUAAUUGGAGACUGAAAGUGAGCAACCUGAAGAAAAUAUUGGAGGGUGUUGUUGAUUAUCAUCAGGAUAUUUUAAACUUAAGCUUGCAGGAGUUUUCAAGGCCAGAUGUGGUGAAUAUAGCAGAGACUGCAGAUCAAUCAGAUCUGGGGAGGCUACUGCAACUUGUGCUCAGCUGUGCUGUCAACUGCAUAAAAAAAGAGGAAUAUAUAACUCGUAUUAUGGAAAUGGAGUUAUCAUGCCAGCGGUCAAUAAUGCAAGCAAUACAGGAACUGGAGACGCUGACGCUGGGCGUGAAUCGUGGCAGUCUGCACCUGGAGCCGGCGCCCGCCGACCACUCCGAUGCGGACAUGAAGGAGGUGCUGGCGCAGCGCUGCCAUGAGCUAGACACACAGGUGAAAGUCCUGCAAGAGGAGAAGAUGACAUUGCUGGGCGAGGUCGCUCGGCUGACGGAGUCGCGGGCGGCCGGCGCCGGCGCCGACGCGCACGACCUCGACGACGCGGGCGCGUCGCUGGGGCCCGCGCACGCCGGCACGCUGCGGUACAGCAACAUGCGCGCGCAACUAGAUGCGCUAAAAGACGAGCUCGAUAAAGUCGAGCUACAGAGGGAUGAUCAACGUGCGCGCGCUGACGCACUCGAGAGAGAAGUCGCUCUACUGAAGCUUAGGAACGAGGAGCUACAGAUAGCAGCAUCGGAGAACGUGACGCUAAAGGACGAGGUGGACGCCCUGCGGGAGACGGCGGCGAAGGCGGCCGCGCUCGAAGCCACCGUCGCCUCCUACAAGAAGCGGAUGGAGGAGCACGUGGAUCUGCGGAGACAGGUGAAACUGCUGGAGCGCGCGAACACGGAGCACGUGCAGCGCGCCAUCGAGCACGAGCAGGCGGCUGCGCGACACAACGCCGUGCGCGCGCAACUCGACAUCUACAAGAAGCAGGUGACAGAUCUAAACGAAAAGUUGGACGCAGAGAUAACGAAGGCUGACAAAUUAGAGAUAGAGAACAAGAAGUUGAGCAGCCGAGUGGCGUCAUUCCAGCGCGAGCGGGACACCAUACUGCAAGAGCGGGACACGCUGAGGGAAACAGUCGAUGAGCUGCGCUGCUCUACUAUCACCACAGGUGCAAGCGAAGACAACGUAUCGCGCGAGUUGAUACCCAACGACGUGAAGGAACAGCUGAUUCGAUUAGAACACGAAAAUAAGCUUCUGCGACAGAACCAAGGCGCGCAGGCAGACCAAGCUUCAGUGCAGGCGUUGCUGGAAGACUACGCGGCGCGAUUAGAGAAGCAGCGCGCCGUGAACCGCGAGGCCAACCAGCGCAUCAUGCAGUUGGAAGCCACGCUCGAGGCGCCGCACCCGCGGCUCGCCUCCGCCAUCGAGGACAGCCAGAGGAAAUCAUUACAAGUGGAGGAGCUCCAAGCAGCGUUAUCAGAAGAACGACGGCGGAGCAGCAAGUUACAGGAGGCGUUAGCGGCGCGAGAAGCCGAGCUACUGGCCACCGAGGACAAGUACAAGAAGUGCGUCGAGAAGGCCAAGGAGGUCAUCAAGUCGCUGGACCCCCGCGCGACCGGCCAGCCAUCGUUGUCUGACAUCACGCUGGGAUACUCGCGAGGCGCUGGCGCCGCGCCGUCCCGAGCUGACGCCACUCCUGCGCACAAUCGACACGAAUGGAGCGGCAGCGGCAGCGGCAGCGCGAGCUCCGAAGGCGCGCGGGCAGGCCACAACGAGCAGCGUCUCUUAGCAUCCGCGUGGUACCAGCUAGGCGCUCGUUGCCACCGGGACGCGGUUGAAACGCGUUUCGCGCUCCUAUCAGCCGGCCACUCCUUCUUGGCCCGCCAGCGGCGUCAGCCGGCCCGCGCGCGCGCCCCACCCGCGCCGCCCGCGCCCGCGCAAUGACCCCGCCGCGCGCGUCUGCGCGUCCUCUACAGUAAGGACCGCACGCUCAUACUAACAGAGUGAGUGCGUAUUAGUGGUGUGCCGCGUAUCCGUGGAUAGUAAGGUAAAACAUACACUCGAAAAAAAUUAACCCUCCUUCUGGCGCAGUCGGGCUAAAAGACUGCAUACGUUACUUUUACGAAACGAGCAUAACUCCUAUUUUCAUAAGAUCGCGAUCAGCCGGGCUAGGAUGCGCGCCGUGAUAAAAUUUAUCGAUGAUUUUAGACGACAAAUGUAUGGGCUUAUCACGUAAAAUCGAUAAAAUGGCGUGAUAAACGCUUAUCGCGGCGCGCAUCCUAGGUCUACUGGCCAGAUGCCAAACGCGCCGAUUAUGUAAAAAACCCAGAUACGACAAUCCGCGGAUAUGCUUUUAUGAUGAUCCGGCACGUGACUUGUACGCACUGUCGUCGCUUCCCAGUGACUCGACUGCUUCGAAAUGGACAAAUGUGCGACCAAACGUUGACGUCGAUACUGAUAAUUCACAUGUUCUUUUUAUUUCUUAUAUUAGAGACUUCAAUAAAGUACCUAAGUAAUUAGAAAACUAUCACACGUGUACAUCAUCACACUUCACUUAUGUAAAGUGAACUUACGAAAUUAGUAUGCAAGAAGUUGAUAUAGGCGUCAGUAGUACAACUUUCAUGUGGUUUUGCAUUUUUGACCGCAAUUUGUUAACAUUAUUUACUAUUUCUCAAUGUAGAGACAUUAUACAUAAUAAUUGAUCCUCCUCUGAGUAAAUAAUAAAUUUAAACUUUUCCUUUUCAAAGUGCUUUCGAGUCGUAGCCGAACGGCGACUUAUCGGGGACCAUGUAUCUGAUUAUAUUAAAGUUCGUACAUUCUUAAUCUCUCACUAAAUUAUUUUUCGGUCUCUAAAAUUUUUGGUCUCCUCAUAUUUAAAUUUUUUGCUUAAAAAUUCCAUAAUUUUAAUUGCUUAGCUCUUCCAGUUAAUCUAAGCUGUAAAUACUUUUUGUAGCACAAUGAUUGAUCAACGAACAAUUAUGUUUAUCUGCACUUAUGAUAAUUUUAAAUAAGUCAUCACAGCGAUCUAUCAUUGCUGGCAACUGUACCCUUCAUUUUGCAUUUGGGUAGAAUACUGAGAUAUACCGGUAAUUUUGUCUGGUAAACAAUUGUUUUUGUUAACUUCAUAAAAUAUACAUAUUUUCUUCAAACAAUUGUUAGUAAGAAGUGAUAACUUUUAUUCUGUUUUUUCUUCAAAUUGUAAAAACCCACCUCCCUACAUGGUUAACAACCUGUAUGCUAAAUAAUAUAAUUUGUUCCUACUACUAACAUCUAACAUUGUUUAACUGCCCAUCAGUCAGCUCAACUAAGUUUAAUUUCAGGAAUGCUUUUGAUACCAUUGAAUAAUUUAUAGUAGAAAAUGUAAUACAUUUAUAGCGUACUAAGAACAAAUUAGAUAGCUUAAUUAUAACACUUUUUGUACUACACACGACCCAUUUCAUUUAGUUAUAAUCAAGACAAAUCUCCGGAGAACCAAUUGAAUUUGUAUUUACUAUUUUUUUUAGAUAUAAUCGUUGUCAGUAUUGUAUAUAGUAACAUAAAUAAAUAUAUAUUGUUGUAUGUCAUACGCUAUAUUAUGUAGAUCAUAUUCGUGUAUGAUUGCUAUAAUACCUUAUUGUAUUAAUUUUAUUAGCGUCACGAAAUAAAUUUAAUACCCGCCCACAACUAUUUAUAAAAAUACUGUCAAUCAACGAGUUAUGUUUGAAACUUUGCAUUAUGUUACAUCACAAUCAUUUUAGAUUUUACUCAUAAUUAUUACAUGUGAUAAUUUCGUAGGAGUAAGACAAAGUGGAAAAACAUUGUAUUAUACUUUAUAAAAAACAAUUAGAGAAUUGUCUUUGCCAAUAUCUAGACGAUAUCUUUGUUGAGGUGCAAUUAGUGCAAAUUAUUAUUUAUAAACUACAUGUAAAUGUGAUUCAUUGUUGAUAAUGACAAUAUAUUGAGUUUUGAGAUGAUAAUAUAUAACUUUUUUCAAAA